AUGGAUGCGUUAUAUUGUCUACCUUGCUACCUUUUUAGUAAGAAACCAAUAGGUUGUCCCGAAUCAGAUGCAUUCAUUUCAACAGGUUUUAAUAAUUGGAAAAAGGUGAAAGAUGGAAUGAAUUGUCCUUUAAUUCGUCAUGAAGGGAAAGAACCAAACUCCCCACAUAAAAUUGCUGUGAAAUGUUGCAAGGAUUUAAAGAAUUAUUCACGACAUAUUGACAAGCUAAUUGAGAAACAAACGUCAAAAGAAUUAGACAAUAAUCGGUUGCGGCUCAAAACCUCAAUAGAGUGUGCUCGAUGGCUAGCAUUCCAAGCUUGUGCUUUUAGAGGUCAUGAUGAAAGCCUUGAUUCAAAAAAUAGAGGCAAUUUUAUUGAAUUGAUAAAAUUCACAUCAACUUUCAAUGACAAAGUAGCUAGUGUUGUCUUGGAAAAUGCUCCAGGAAAUGCCAAAUAUACAUCACCCACAAUUCAAAAGGAGAUUUUGCAUAUUCUUGCUAGUAAUGUGCGAAAUGCUAUUCGUGAAGAAAUUGGGGAUGCAAAAUUUUGCAUUCUUGUUGAUGAGGCCCGGGAUGAGUCGAAGAGAGAGCAAAUGGCCAUCAUUUUGAGGUUUGUUGAUAAAGAAGGUUUCAUUAAAGAGCGUUUCUUUUAUGUUGUGCAUGUUAGAGACACUACUGCAUUGACUUUAAAGAAUAAGAUAUGUGCUGUCCUUUCUCGUUACAACCUCCACAUUGAAAAUAUUCGAGGUCAAGGAUAUGAUGGGGCUAGUAACAUGCGUGGUGAAUGGAAUGGAUUACAAGCUCUUUUUCUUAAAGAUUGCCCAUAUGCUUAUUAUCGUAAUGAUGAAUUGCAACAUGCUCAAGCAGAACAAGUUGAGAAUAUGAUUGCUUCUAAUGAAAUUGAGACUGGAAGAGGUGCAAACCAGAUUGGAACUUUGCAACGAGCUGGAGAUACUAGGUGGGGAUCUCAUUUUCAAUCUAUUUGUAGUUUAAUUAAAAUGUUUGAUGCUACUUGCAAAGUUAUCAACUCUAUCUCUGAGGAAGGGGCUAACUAUAAACAACGUAGUGAUGCCGAGGGAGCUUAUCAGUUGAGAGAUGAUGGAUGGGAGCCUUUACUUGCUAGUGUUAUAUCAUUUUGUGAGCAACAUGAAAUUGAUACUCCUGAUAUGAAUGCUCGUUACACUAAAGGUCGAGGUAGAUAUCGUCGUCAAGAUGACGAUUUAACAAUGGAACAUCAUUUUAGAAUUGGCAUAUUUACAGUUGCAAUAGACUUUCAAUUACAAGAAUUGAAAAGUAGAUUUUGUGAGCUAACAACGGAACUUGUCAUUCUUAGUUCAGCUUUAAAUCCCAAGGAUGCUUUUAGAUUAUUCAAAAUUGUUGAUAUAUGCAAUUUGGUUAAGAAAUAUUAUCCUCAAGAUUUCACUGAACAUGAACGAGAACUUUUGGAGUCUCAAUUGCAACAUUAUGAACUUGAUGUGAUAAAACAUCCAGAUUUUCAAAAUAUAAGUACAAUUUCUGAGCUAUGUAGGGGAUUAAAAAUUUCAGGAAAGUCUAAAAUCUAUUUUUUGAUUGAUAGACUUAUUCGUCUUGUGUUGACCUUUCCAGUUUCUACAGCAACUACAGAACGAGCUUUCUCAGCUAUGAAGUUGUUAAAAACAAGACUUCGCAAUACAAUGGAGGAUGAGCUUUUGGCAGAUAAUAUGAUAGUUUAUAUAGAGAAGGAAAUUGCAGGGAAUUUCACUAUAGAGAUGAUAAUGGAUGAAUUUUAUUCUAUGAAAAAUCGUCGUCAGGCAUGCUUUGAUCCGGUUGAUGACCCGACCUGA